AUGCAAACCCUUCCGGUGAGAUCGACUCAAGUUCACGUUUCUGACACUUUGAAAUCGGGCAAUCCGGAAGAUUCUCCAAAAAACCUCACGGAACUCGACAACUCCGGAAAGAUGAGCGGAUGGUUACGUAAUCUGCAAGGUCAGCUCACCGAGCUUGCCUCUGAAGUGCUGAAUGAAGCCACCGAGGAAACGAGUGAUCCCGAAUCGGAACUUCAAGUAACCGUUAUUGUGAUUAAUUUACUGGGCAAUUUAGGAACCAGUCAUACAUUUCAAGCAAAAUUCUGCUCGAUUCAGAAUCUUUUUCAAGUGAUCACAAAGAAAUUAACGGAAGCAGAAAGCCAGUUGGCAAAUGAGCAGAGAAAAGGUCAAGAACAAGUGAAGAAAAUAAACGAUUUGGAAGAGCAGUUAUUCGCGAAAAACGUCGAAAUUGAUGCAGUCACAACAAAAUACAAUCACAUAAUCGAGAAUCGUGACUCACAAAUCCGUUCUCUGCAGAGGAGUAAAUUUGAGGUUGAUAUAGAACGAUUACGACACUCAAACGAUUCGAGUGUGGUGCUGUUAGAUGAGGAUGAUGAAGAUGGCUUAUUGACGGAUUCCAAUAAGAGAACCGAACGUUUGAAAGAUCAAAUCGAAGAGCUCAGGAAAGAGGUAGCGCACUGGAAGAGAAUCGUUAAUGAGUCACUGAAUGCCGAUCACUCUAAACGGAUAGCUGAAUUGGAAUGUAAGUUGGGUGAACAGAAGAGCAAAUCAGAAGCUGAGAUGGCCGCACUCGUGCUGGCGCAUAACGAGAACAUUGCACAUUUACGAAGUGAAUAUGAAUCGAAAUUCAGUCAAGUCAGUCAUCAGUUGAAAGCAUCUCAAACGCACGCUCAACAAACACUCAAUCCUACUGCCCAGCAAUCAAAAACACCAGAAUCAGAUGAUUGGCAAAAUGCGUGGGAUGAUGUGGAUAACUUGUCGCUACCGACGUUCACGGUCGAGGAAGAUCCGGCAUUGGAGCAUCUUCAGAAGGAGCACAAAGAUUUGAAGCAGAAAUUAGAAACUAUCACAAAGGAGUUGAAUAAGGAGAGAAUGAAGAAUAAGGAAAUGUCUGAUGAAGUGGACAGACUUGCCAUGCAAGCUGUUGAUUCGGUGCUCAACGAUCAGUUGCAGAAUAUCAGAGACGAGAAUGAAAGUCUCAGAAUGCAACUGAAAAACUGUAGCGAAGAGUUGCACGAAUCGAAUGGAGAAGUGGAAAAAUUGAUCGUAAAGUUGGAUUCGGCGAAUGCACAAAUCCAUUCCUUGCGAGACAAAUACGAAAAAGAAGCGAAAUUAGACGAAGAUAGAUUGGUGCCGGGAGAGAAGGCUGAAGAAACUGAACGAUUGCCCUUCGAUGCAGUGCCUUGUUCGUCUUCGAUGCGCUCCAGUCGUCGUUUGAGUAUUGAGAACGCACAGACAAUCUCAGUACUGACCCCGGAAUUCAGUACUGCGUCGGAUGAAAACAGUUCAGACAAGGAUAAAGAGUUGGAAAAGCUCAGGCGUGAGAAUAACGAGUUGACGAUGGCAUAUAAUGAUCUGAACGAGGAGUUCGAAAACCAUAAAGCCGAACACGGCUCAGUGCUCAUAUCGAAUCGUGACCUCACCGAUCGUAUUGAUGCGUUAAAAGCGAAUUUGAUCGAAUAUGAAGAACGAUAUGAGCUUUGUAAAGCGGAGAACGCUGAAACCGUGCAACAAUUAGAGAAACUAACAAACGACUUCGAAAGACUUCGACAAUCAUUUGAAGCUUCUAAUUUCAGACCAUCCAGCGGAACGCCAUCAGAUGAAGUGGAAAGACUGCGUAUGGAAUUGGAGUCGUCGAAGGAUGAACGCGAACGUCUUCGCUCAGAUGUUUCUCGAUUUCGUACCGCAGUCGGUGCGAUUGACUUGGAACUUAAUAGUUUAAGGGAAUCAAACGAAAGAUUGGCUCGAGACAACAUGGCAAUGGGCAGAAAUCUGGACAAAUUCAUUGAUAUCCGUGAAAUGCUGGAAAGAAGUGAUGUGGAACUGAAAUCGCUUCGUGAUAAGUUUAUACAACUUCAAAUGGAACACAGAGAAAAAGAAAAUAUAUGGAAGAAGGAAUUGGUUGCGAUAGCGGAUGAACGAGAUAGUGCACAGAAAGCGUUGGACGAAUGUCGAACGCGUUGUACGGAAACAGAAUCAGCGUUGCAACGGUAUCGGAGUGGCACGAACGAAGGCGGAGCAAGUUACGAAUUCAUGGAAAUGAAAACCGAAACCGUACAAACUGGAAGCAGUGAGGAGGGAACGACUGAUUCGAAUAGUGGAUGGGAAAAAAUGACUGACUGGGAUGCAUCAACGGUGGUUGCCGCAAACGUGUCAUCCACCAGCACCCAGAACGGAAACAAUCCAUCGGUCGAAGAGCUCAAAGAAGCACUGGAGAUGGUCACUGAAAAGACUGAAGAGUGUGAGGAAUUACGAAGACAAAAAUGCGAAAUUGAGAAAGAGUUCGAGUUACGUCAAACGUAUAUUGAGGAAUUGAUGGCUCAAACAAAUGCGCUACAGUUACAGCAACAGACUCAAGCAGAUGCCUUCAGUGAAAUGCGCGAGCGAGCAAAUAAAAUCGAUUGCGAAAAGUUGGAGAUGGAAAGAAAUCUGAUACAAGUGAGAGAACAAUUAGAAGAAUCAACACGCAAGAUGGAUGAGCUGAAAGAUGAAAAUAUGAAGCUGGCAAGUCUUUUGAAAGAAUCUGAAUCGGUAUCGCAUUCACAUGACGAAGAAAAAUUAGCCGAAAUCGACGAGCUGAAGAAGCGUUUGGCCGAGAACGAGAAGCAUCAUCAAGAUGAACUAAGCACUCAAAAAUACCAGUACGAGGAGCAAUUGCACGAACUAAGUGAAGAAAAACGUUCGCUCGAUGGGCGCGUUGAGGCGUUAGAAGAACAACUGCUUAAGGAACGGAAAUCGCUCAAGUCAGCAUCAGAAUCGCAACGGUCGUGCAAAGAAGAAUUAGCUAAGAUUAAGGAGGAAAAAGUUGAGAUGCUGAAGCGUAUCGAGUCGUUGAAUAGCGAGUUGGUAGAUUCAAAAAGUAGUUUACGGCAUCUGAAUACCGUCCCAGUGGUGAACAUGGAAGAGGUGGAGAAAAUGAGAGAAGAAAUCUCAACUUUGCAGCAGUCGCUGAAAGUGGCUGAAGAGAAAUGCGAUACAUUUAAAUUGGAUAACAGCAAGUUGUCUGAUGACUUACAGAAUAUGAAAUCAACCCUGGCAGAAGUGGAAAACCAACGCAAUGAAUUGGUGACAUUGGUAGAGCAAAAGCAUAACGAAAGUGUUCAGUAUCAUUCACAACUGCAAGUUUUAUUGACUGAAAAAGAGGAGAUUGCUGUGAAACUGAAGACAAGUUCACAACAAAUCGAAAAUUUGGAAAAUCAGAUUGCAAGUUGUAAAGAGGCACGAGAUAAGUCGUUGCGUGAAUGUGAUCGAUUACGUGAACAUUUGGUAAGCAUCGAAGAGACGUCCACAAAAGAAGCCGUAAUAGCCGAAGAAAGGGAAACGGAUUUGAGGAAAAGGAUUCGUGAACUUGAGCAAAAAACUGAAGCAACCGAAGAUUCGGUUAUCCAGUCGUCUAAUAACUAUCAGCAACAGAUCGGUCAGUUGUCUGAUGAGAUCGAUCGUUUGCGACAGCAAAAAGAAGAAGCAUCAAAAUUGUUGGUGGUUCGUGAACGAACUCUGGCCGACACGCAGAAAGCGCUGUCGAAUUUGCAGACGGUUGUCCGUGACCUCGGAGUUGAUCAUGAGGCGCAGUUGGCUCAGCAAGAUCAACAACUGCAAAAUCUGAAGGCUGAAAUUAAUACUCUCCAAAGGGAUAUAGAGGCUUCAAAAAAGAAGGAAGAAAUGUUGAUUCUGGAGAAGCAGGUGUUGGAGGAUUCAGCCGUUCAUCUGAAAGAAGAAUUGUCGCGAAGAGACAUUGUGAUCGAAGAACUCGAAGCACAAAUAGACGAGCGUGGUGCUGAAAAGGGUGGUGGUGCGUCGUCGUCCUCUUAUCAGAUUGACGACGAAACGCUCAGACAACUCUUUCUAUCUUAUUUCACAGCCGAAAAAGACAAACAGCCCGACAUUGCUAUGCUAAUGGCUUCUGUGCUCGGAUACUCUCAAGAGGACGUUGCAAAGAUUCAAGCAGCAAAUCAGUCAUCGUCACGGGGUUGGUUCGGGUUUAGCUUUACUCCACGAUCAUCCGCCACCCAGAAUUCAGUUUCGAUAACUGAACAGUUCAUCAGAUUUCUCGAAAACGAAUCGAUAGCUGCAUCGGCCUCACGAUCUUUACCCCUAACGGUUAUCAUCUCUUUCCGUCGAUAUUUCAAUGAUCACUAA